AUGCAAUCUUUCCACGUUCCUCUGGAGGAAAUAUUGGCCAAAUACGACUGGAUACCUACCUUCACUCAUCCACCUGAUAUCGCCUCACUUCUACGCACCAACGAGGCACCAUCGCCCUCACAAUCUGCCCGGCUAAAGGCAUCACUCGCCGAUAUGACGACUCGGACGCCAAUUUCCGAGCUACAGAGCGACCUUGAUCUGCUCCGUAAUGCUGUUGUAUCACUGGAAAGUCGGAUGACACGCCUCCAGACACUCAAAAAAGACUACGAGACAGCAUUGUCUCCGAUACGUCACAUCCCCUCGGAGAUUCUGGCAGAGAUUCUUCGUCGUUCGUGGAAAGCUUAUGGGUCGAUAGAACUGCCUCUCGGAAGAUAUCAUUCUUUGGGAACGUUGGACGUCUUCACAAUCCAGGAGGGACCAUGGCCUCUUGGUCAAGUGUGUAGCUCGUGGCGGCAUGUUAUUGAAACACUUUGCCCGGAGCUAUGGGCUACCAUGGACCUGGGAAGCCAGUGUUCCAGGGGCAGAAGGCCCAUAAAAGACGCAGCUGUAGAAAUACUCCGCGUCGUCCUUGAACGUUCCCGUAACCAUCCUCUCGAUUUUCGCCUUUACUUCUAUGACCUUGAGGUGGAUGUCAAGGCAAUGGAUCAGUGUUUCGAUCUCAUGAUUACCCAUUCGAAAAGAUGGAGAGACGUUUCAAUGAAUAUCCCUCCACACCUUCUUCCGCGACUCUCUCCUAUCCGUGGAAAGAUUGAUUUGCUUACGGACAUGGUCCUUGCUUGUUAUACUGGCUCGAAGCCCGAAGACUUAGAUAUCCGGGCCUUUGAGAUUGCCCCCAAACUGGAAACACUGUAUAUGUACGGCAUACACCCCGACGUUAGCAUCCGUUUCCCAGUCAUCAAUCUUGUGUCCUUCUCCGAUGCAAGGCCAUUCGGCGGAGACAGACUGACUCCCAAAUACGUUGACAUCGUCAAAGCCGCCCCAAGGCUUUAUUCAUUUUCGUACAACGAUUAUGGUGCUAACUUGAUGUCCACGUCACUUUCCUUUCCUUGUGUCAUGUCCCCGUCGAUUGAAGAACUUUCAGUCUCCUCUCCAAGCUACGGGCUACCCUUCGGAGAGGAAUUGAUAAAAUGCCCCGUGGACGCACUGGGUGCACUCCACCAAAUGCUACUGCAGUCGCAAUGUUCCCUAUCUCGAUUACACCUUAUCGAUGCAAUCUUGGACGAUAACCUUGUAAACAUUAUCCAGCUCAUGCCUAGCUUGCAGCAAUUCGUCAUCGAAGUAAAUGAAUGGGAGGAUGAAUAUGACCCCAUUAUGCGAUCUCUCGUGACAAAAAUGAGCGAGAUACGCCUGUUAGAUGGGUCACUUCAGCACUGCGUGGUCCCAUCUCUACAGGAACUUGAGGUUUCCCUCUCCGACAUUGAUGACACUUACGUCUCUUUCCUCGAUUCCGCAUUUGUCGACAUGGUAGCUUCGCGACUGCAUGGACCGUCCGACGCGCUACGUCUCACGAGCUUAAGAUUAUCGAUGUCGGGGUGCAGAUGGGCCCACGAUCUUGAUGAGGUGGACGAGGAUGCCUUGAAGAAUCUGAAGCAUGAGGGACUUGAGCUUACGUACGACCUCUACGAUGCAGCUAUGUCUGACUGAUAUGGCAGGGUUGUGCGAUCUCUCUGAUAUUAGUUUCAUAGUGAACAGUGACUGUUUCAAACGUAGCGUUGACGUAGAUGGCAGGUUUCGGAGGCACUGUCGUACUUAGCUCAGUUUACAACCAUAGCAGCGAAACCAGUGACACAGUUGGAGGAUGAGGUUCGUGUACUAUCGGGUUUAUCACAUCGU